UCGGGCGUAUAAUGUCACAAAAUUUUGUUUUCCUUUUAAAACCGAUACAAUACAAAAAUGUUAUUCAAUAAAUUAGGCUUCAAAAAUGUAUUUCGGUGCUGCAAUUUUCACUCUAGAUAUCUACAAAAUGUGCUUCAAAGGGGUUUGGCUACCAACAUGAACCAUUCUGAAGCUGUAGACCUGGCGUAUGCUUCAUACGAGAGCACCUCUGAUGCGGAAAAUUCUCAGCCACCUCUCGUCAUAUUACAUGGUUUGUUGGGUUCCAAGAACAACUGGAACAGUAUGAGUAAAGCCAUUCAUAGGACGACCGGCAGAAAAGUAAUAAGCGUAGACGCGCGCAACCAUGGUGAUAGCAGGCAUUCUUCGCAACAUACAUACAUACAUAUGGCUCACGACGUUAUGAAAUUGCUAAAGAAGUUGGAAUUGUCUAAGGUGUCCGUCCUCGGUCACAGUAUGGGCGGCCGCACCGCCAUGGUUCUGUCUCUGCUAUGUUCUGAUCUCAUUUCAAGCCUAAUUGUGGUUGACAUAUCUCCAGUGAGAACCAGUCCUCAGAUUUCAUCAAUGGCCAACCUUUUUGAUGCUAUGACUGCAGUGUCAGUCAGGGCUGGUAUAGCAAUGUCGAAGGCUCGGAAGUUGGCUGAUGAUCAGUUAAAAAACAUAACUCCGGAUAUAAACUUGCGGAAUUUUUUGAUAACAAAUCUAGUCCAAACCAACUCUGGUGCUUACACCUGGAGAGUGAACCUGCCUGCUUUGAAAGAUAACUUCCAGAACCACAUCUGCUGUUUCCCGUCCAACCUGAAGGGCCUACAGUACUGUGGACCAACAUUAUUUAUUGGAGGGUCCUUGUCAGAUUAUAUUGGAAAGAAUGACUUACCUGAAAUCCAAGAGUACUUUCCUCUAGCUGAACUGGUGUUUGUGGAAGGCGCCGGCCACUGGGUGCACAGCCAGAAACCGGAAAAAUUCCUGGAUAUUGUCUGCAAAUUCCUAACAGAGAAAUAAACUUGUAUCAAACAUUUUCUAGUACAAUUAUUGUGAUUCUUAUAUACAAUUUGUUAUUUAUUUAAAUUUUACAAUUUUACCAGUUUUUUUUUUAGUUAUAGUGUAA